AGAUUAAUUUACAUGUCAUUAUUUAAAAUAUUUAUUGAAAAUGAAGUAAACAUACAUACUUUUGAUAUUUUCAUCACCUAUUAUCACUGUUAUGAUUCCUAUAUAGAUGAUAUGAUUGAAUUAAUGUUACAUAACCCAGGUUUCUUUCAUAAUAUUAGAAAUUUAAAACUCAGUUGUACUGAUGCCUCAUUUAGCCAUACAAAAAAUCGUACAUCUCAAAUGAUUAAUUUAUGUCAAAAUCUUAAAAAAAUUUCAUUGACUUAUAAUAGUUUUCCUAUAUAUCAAUCAUCAUUGCUAUCAAAAGAUUAUAAUCAUUCAUCAAAUACUUUAAAUACAAUCAUAUUUUCUAGCCUCAAUUUCAAAGUUAUGACCAAUUUAGGCAAACUAUUUAAACAGUUAAAUGUUUUAGAAUCUGUUCAUAUCAUUGAUUGUAUUCUAGGUACUGAUUUUAUUCAACAAAUAAUUAACUUAAAUAGACCAUUUAAGUUAAAAUCUAUAUUCUUAUAUAGUAAUAAUGAAUUACAAAUUGUUGAAUCAUUAUUACAAAAAUAUGGUGAUUAUUUAGAAAAUUUUGGAUUUAGAUUUG